CCCGAGGAGGAGACGGACUUGGAAAAUCCAGGUCGUCCUACACGGAUUAACUGUAGUUUACGCCAAAAAUUCCGUCACAAAAUAGUGUUUCCGCUCCUUUCAUCGACUUAUUUAAGCCGAACCGGUUGUUUGGGCCACUUUGGAGCCGCCUUUCACUCCGCUGGAAGCCUUUUAAUCGGUUGUGUCCCUGCUGGAGCGGUCGGAUCCGGCUGUGGUUGUGGCCGGGCAGCCCCGCUGGACUGUCGGGUAAAGCUCGAGCUUCCCCGCGGAUUAAAAAGAAAAAAAAAACAAUUUUUUUUUUUAAUUCACUGUUUUCUUCAAAGGAGGCUUUGAUGUUUUUUAUUUAGCUGGAAAAAAAAUAUUUUACGUCUAUGCUUAUGAGCUCAACGAGAAGUUUGAUUAAGCAGCGGAGUGCGCUUGGUUUGGAGUCCGAUGGAUGUUAGCCCUGGCCGGCUGUGGCUCAGCUCUCUGCGCCGCUCAGCUUGUCUGCCCAGAAUGCUGCUACUGACCUCGCAAGUGUAUGAAAACAGCGGGUCUGGUGCCACCAAGUCGCCCUCCAUUGCUUCGCUGUAAAACCUGGAAAUACCACCGAGCAUUCCCCCCUCCUCUCUCACCCACUCCUGGACAUUUUUGGAUUUAGCUUCCAUUUUUAGUAUAAUAUGUACAUUGUCCAGAUACUUUUCUCCUUUGGGGAGCAAGACAUUCAAUUUUAGAUUGUUUCUGUGUUUUUUAAAAAUCUUUUUGGAGGAGUUUCUGCUUUUAUAAAUCAUCCUUUCUGUGGACACAUUCGGAUGGAAAAUGGGAGACGCUACAAAACUGGCCAUAGCCGUUUUCCUCAUCUCCUGUUCUUCAGGUGCCAUUCUGGGACGCUCAGAGACGGAGAAAUGCAUCUACUACAACUCCAGCUGGGAGAAGGACAGAACCAACCUCAGCGGCAUCGAUAUGUGCUACGGCGACACGGACAAGCGGCGGCACUGCUUCGCCUCGUGGAAGAACGUGUCGGGCACCAUUGAGAUCAUCAGGCAGGGCUGCUGGCUGGACGACAUGAACUGCUACGACAGAAGCGAGUGUGUGGAGAGGAAGGUGAGCCCCGAGGUGUUCUUCUGCUGCUGUGAAGGCAACAUGUGCAACGAGAAGUUAAUGUACGUCCCAGAUACGCAGGCGCCCAACGACACCGGCCAUUCCACCGCCUACACCACGUCCAACCCGUUCUCCCCGAAGCCGCCGCUCCUCAGCACCCUGCUGUACUCCCUGGUUCCCAUCAUAGGUCUGGCCGGAGUCGUCCUCUUCUCCUUCUGGAUGUGGCGGCACCACAAACUGGCCUACCCUGCGGCGCUUGUCCCCACACAUCACGCCUUUCAUAUUAUGGUGGAGGAUCCAGGACCUUCACCUCCUUCUCCUGUUCUGGGCCAGAAACCGCUGCAGCUCAUCGAGAUGAAGGCCAGGGGGCGCUUCGGCUGCGUGUGGAAGGCCCAGCUGCUGAACGAAUACGUGGCUGUGAAGAUCUUCCCCAUUCAGGAUAAGCUCUCCUGGCAGAACGAGUAUGAGAUCUACAGCGUGUGCGGCAUGAAGCACGAAAAUGUGCUCCAGUUCAUCGGCGUGGAGAAGAGGAACAACAACCUGGACCUGGAGCUGUGGCUCAUCACCGCCUACCACGACAAGGGCUCCCUGACGGACUACCUGAAGGCCAACGUGGUUUCCUGGAACGAGCUGUGCCACAUCGCCCAGACGGCGGCCCGCGGCCUGGCCUACCUGCACGAAGACAUCCCCCUACACAAGGACGGACACAAGCCGUCCAUCGCUCACAGGGAUAUUAAGAGUAAGAACGUGCUGCUGAAGAAUAACCUGACGGCCUGCAUCGCCGACUUCGGCCUGGCGCUGAAGUUUGAGGCGGGGAAAUCAGGAGACACACACGGACAGGUCGGAACCCGCCGUUACAUGGCCCCCGAAGUCCUGGAGGGCGCCAUCAACUUCCAACGCGACUCCUUCCUGCGAAUCGACAUGUACGCCUUCGGCCUCGUCCUCUGGGAGCUCGCGUCCCGGUGUACCGCCGCAGACGGCCCCGUGGACGAGUACAUGCUCCCCUUCGAGGAGGAGGUGGGCCAGCACCCGUCUCUGGAGGACAUGCAGGAAGUGGUCGUCCACAAGAAGCUGCGGCCCUGCCUGAGAGACUGCUGGCAGAAGCACACGGGUCUGGCCAUGCUGUGCGAAACCAUCGAGGACUGCUGGGACCACGAGGCCGAGGCCCGCCUGUCCGCCGGCUGCGUCGAGGAGCGCAUCGGCCAAAUGCAACGCCAGGCCCCCAUCAUCGGACCCGAGGAGAUCGUCACUGUGGUCACCAUGGUGACGAACGUUGACCUCCCGCCCAAGGAGUCCAGCUUAUGAUCGGCCGGUCGACCCAGAGGGGAAACAAACGUCCGACCCUGGUUGGUCGGCUUCCUGUUCCCUCCCCCUUUUUAUUUUUUUUUUAUGUUGGUCUUUUCUCCUUCUUGGUUCCUCGCCGCAUCAAGUCGAGAUCCGCCUCAUUUUGAUACGUGUGCCUGAGGAUUUUAAUGUUUGGAGGGUUUUUUUCUCUCUCGCCAGGUGGGACGACGAUGCUUGGAGAUGGAAAAAAAGAAAGACAAACCCUGGUUUGAUCAUGUAUUGUUUUUAUAUCCACACACGAGACGAACACGGAGUAAUUUCACUGAACUCUCAGCGCAUUUUAAUGUUUCAAAACAAGAAGAAAGGAUUUUAAAAAAAAA